AUGUCCACCGACGCCCAAUGUCGUACACAAACCCGCCGGAAAUCCGAGGACAUUGCUCUUCUCCGCGAUUCGGUAGUAAAGUUCUCCGAUCGUAGUGCCGGUAUCAGCCCAAGCCGUUCCUUCGGUGAGAUUGACGUCGACGGAUUUGAAAUUGAACAUGUCGAUGAUGAAGAACGGGACGGUGGAGGUGUAAGAGAGUCCUUCGAAGUCGUGGCCUCCGCUUCGGAUCCUGACCUGGAUCGGGAGGUCGCGGGCGCAAUCCUAGCGCCGAACCAAUGUGACUCCACGUGGGGUGACGAUGGCGAGGGGUUUUGGGUGUUGUGGGUUUGUCGAAACGGAGGUUGGUAUGCGGCGGCGGAGGACGGCGGUGAAAGAGGAGUUCAUUGGAAUGUAUGCGACGGCGGAGUUAGGACUUGUUGGGUCCGUUGGUUGUCGAUCAAGACAUCGGAGAAAAGCCACCGGGUCAGUCACGGAUUGUGA